CGAGAAUCUCCAUACACCAUUCCAAACGCUCUUACCCUGGCAAGAAUAGCAGCAUGUCCUUUUCUAGGUUAUGCUAUCAUUCAUCAAGAACACAUAUGGUCCCUUGGGAUCCUUGUGGUCAGCGGGCUGUCUGAUUGGCUCGAUGGUUGGAUAGCCCGGCAUUAUAACUCAAAAUCAGUCCUUGGAUCUAUCCUUGACCCCGCUGCAGACAAAGCUCUGAUGACGACACUGGUGGGUACUUUAGCUUGGGCAGGACGUUUACCUCUACCUCUAGCUUUGUUGAUUUUUGGACGUGAUCUUUCACUUUCUAUCUCAGCAUUUUACUUUCGUUUUAUAUCUCUUCCUAAACCCAGGACUUUACAAAGAUAUUUCGAUCCUUCAAUACCCUCGGCCGAAGUCAAACCCACUCAGAUAAGUAAAGUGAACACGGCAUUACAAUUGAUUCUAAUGGGUUUGACCGUACUUGCUCCUCUACUGCCAAUGGAGAUUGAAACACCCCUCAUGAUCCUCCAG